GUUGGUUUUUCAUUCCAAUUAGGUGGCUCUCAAAUUCCUGGUGUUAGUUUAUCAAGUCAGGGAGGUGGCCAACAAACUUUUGGUUUUGGUUCAUCAAGUCAGGGAGGUGGCUUUUUUGGUUCAUCAGGUCAGGGAGGUGGCUUUUUUGGUUCAUCAAGUCAGGGAGGUGGCCUUAUUGAUUCAUCACGUCAGGGAGGUGGCCAACAAACUUCUGGUUUUGGUUCAUCAGGUCAGGGAGGUGGCCUUUUUGGUUCAUCAAGUCAGGAAGGUGGAGUUUUUGGUUCAUCAAGUCAGGGAGGUGGCCAACAAACUUUUGGUUUUGGUUCAUCAAGUCAGGGAGGUGGCCAACAAACUUUUGAUUCAAAAAGUCAGGGAGAUGACCCUCUGCUUUUAAGUUUUAGUUCAAGCACUGGUGGCCCUCAGCCUUGUAGCUUUGGCUCAAGCAUGGGUAGCCCACAGACUAUAGGGUCAGAAAGUCAGGGAAGUGGCCCUCAGCCUUUUAGGUUUGGUUCAAACAUGGGUGGACUGCAGACUUUAGUGUCAGAAAAUCAGGGAAGUGGCCCUCAGGCUUUUAGGUUUGGUUCAAGCAUGGGUGGACUGCAGACUUUAGGGUCAGAAAAUCAGGGAAGUGGCCCUCAGGCUUUUAGGUUUGGUUCAAGCAUGGGUGACCCACAAACUUUAGUGUCAGAAAAUGAGAAAAAUGGCCCUCAAACUUUAGGUUCAAAAAGUCAAGGAAGUGGCCCUCAUGCUUUUAGUUUUGGCUCAACAAGUCAGGGAAGCAGCCCUCAAGGUUUUGGCUCAUCUAGUCAGCAAGAUGGCCUGCAAACGUUGAGUUGCCAGCAAGAGCAUAUGGAGGUUGAAUUUGACAGUUCGAAUGGUGGCUCUGCAGAUAAUUUAGAAGAUUUGAAGAGUGGAUCUGGUGUUCAUCUCCUGCAGAUUGUAAAUCUACAGAAAUUUGAUGGCUCAUGGACACUGCCAGAUGUGGCUAAACUCUGUUCAGUGAGUCUUGCCCAACUCCAGGACAAGAAGCCUUCCCAGGUAAGAGCUAUCACAUCAUCAAUGAACCAAAAGAUUAUCUAAAUUUAAGAUAUUAAU